UGCAGUAACGCAUGGAAAAUAGAAAUAGAUUCUUCUAGCAGCAAUGCUGGCUAUGUUUUCAAAUUCUUGCUUUCAAGAAAAGCAGAUAAUUAUACAAAAUCAAUAGCUAUUGACUAUUUAGAAAUCAUAGCUGGACGUAUCAAAAAAUUUGCAAACACAGACCUCAUCUUUGGUGAAG